AUGUCCGAAUCAAGUUACUUUAGCUACGGUGAUAAUGGGACAUUUUCCCCCCCUAUGGAUGUGACAAAUCAAAUUCAAAAUGGAACUAUACAACAUACGAGUGGAAAUUCAAAUUAUUCGAGCGGUUCAGGCGGUGAUUCACCAACGUCAUUAAGUCCGGUUCCAAUGUCGUCUGGUGGACAAUUUAUGGGUAUUGGUGGAAAUUCAAAUUCAUCAACAAGUUCAACACCAACAGCAACAACAAGUGGUGGAAUGGGUUCAGCAGCAGCAGCUGCUGCUGCUGCUGCUGCUGCAUCUCGAUAUGCUUGUGUUAUAUGCGGUGAUAAAGCAUCGGGUAAACAUUACGGUGUUCAUAGCUGUGAAGGUUGUAAAGGAUUUUUUAAACGUACUGUACGUAAAGAUUUAACAUAUACAUGUCGAGAUAAUCGAGAAUGUAUUAUUGAUAAACGACAACGUAAUCGUUGUCAAUAUUGUCGUUAUCAAAAAUGUCUUAAUGUUGGUAUGAAAAAAGAAGGUAAUUAUUGUAAUUAUUUUCUUUUUUUAUUAACUUGUUAUUUUCUAUUUUCUUCUUAUAUUCAUACAGCUGUUCAAGAAGAACGACAAAAAUCAGGUAUGAAUGGUGAAGGUGAAUCACCAUCAUCACCUAGUACAAGUAUAGGCAGUGGCAGUACAAGUACACAUAUGGGCAUUGGUUCUUCAGGUUCAAAUAGUGAUGAUGAAAUGUUAAUUGAAAAAUUAAUUGCAGCUGAAUUAUCUGUUGAACCAAAAAUAGAAUCAUUUCAUGAAGAAGAAUGUUCAUAUGAUCGUUUAUUAUCAACAACAAAUUCUCAACUUGCACAUUUAACUGAUUGGGCUAAACGUGUACCACAUUUUUCAACAUUAUCACUUGAUGAUCAAGUUGCACUUGUACGCGCAUCAUGGAGAGAUAUACUCUGUUGUUCACUUGCAUAUAGAUCCAUUAUGGCACCAGAUUGUGGCCUUGUAUUAUCUGAUGGUUCUUAUGUUCGACCACAUACAGCAGUUGAUCAAUCUCUUCAAUUUUUUAUUACACGCCUCUAUCAUGAUGUUGUAACAAUAAUGCGCGAAUUAAAUGUCGACAAGGUCGAAAUAACAUGUCUGAAGGCUAUAUUUCUUUUCGAUCCUGAUGCUAAAGAUGUUGUUGAUACAUGUCGUGUAUCAGAAUUGCGCGAAAAAGUGUGUAUGUCAUUAGCAUCCUAUUGUAAAAAAGUGCAUAGUGAUGAUGUAGCACGCUUUGCUAAAUUGCUUCUUCGCAUGCCACCUAUACGUGGUUGGUGUAUAAAAGGUAUUGAAAAUUUAUUUUUUGCUGGUGCAGCACGUUCAGCUGAUUCCGAAAUAAUUCAUAUGAUUCGAAAUCGUCAACUUUAA